AAAUUUACUUGAACAUUGAUUUAAAUUGUCAGGAAAGAAGAGGAAGGAAUUUAAAAAGGUAUAUGUGUUUAACAAUCCUGAAAUCAUUUUUAAGGUUGUAUUUUUUCUCUAAAAUUGUCUUUCUGAAAGUUAUAAGAAGCAAAGUUAAAAAAAUAAUGAAUUUAUUUAAACAAAAGAAGACCAAGUCUUUCAAAUAUUUUCUUGGAUUUUCAAAUUCUAUUUGAGUUUUGUCUCUCUUAGAAUUAAAAAUGUCGGGCAAAGCGAGACCAGCUUGCUAGUAAAUAAAUACAAUUUAAAAAAUAGAGGCAGCUCACUGGUAAGUGCUGCUAUUUGAGCUAUUUUUAGAACAGGCCAGCGGGCUACUCAUCUGGUCCUUACGGGCUACCUGGUGCCCGCGGGCACCGCGUUGGUGACCCCUGAUUUACAGAUACCAGGAGUGGAAGGAGGGUAUGCACAACUUUGAUGACCACAUCAUCCUGUCUCUGCACUUGUGCCUGAUGGUCAGGAAUGCACUACAGACCCAUACAGCUAUCAGUAAAGUGAUAGAAAUUAUAGAGACAACGGAAAAUGUGUCCUUUCCAAACAAGGAAAGAGUUCUGCAGGCAUACCUCCACUUAGAGGCCCUAACCGACCAUGAAUACACGUACAGUUGUGUGUCAUGCGGAAACAACCCAACAGUUGUUGUUAUGGACCUCCACAGAAAAGGCGUUUUCAAUAUGCCAGUGAGUGACAUCCCAAGCCCACCUGAAGGCUAUGAUGGUAAUGUUGACGUGGACCACUUCUGGAACACUGUGGCCACAGAAAUGCUCAGUCGGGGAUUAAUCCCAUAUGGACGGAAGAACCCUUUCGUUGUGCCACCAAGUUAUCAUCACUGGGCCCCCUAGAUUGGCCCACACACCCGGAGGUCAAAUUCUGUGUUGAACACAGAAUUUGAAAAAUUGCAAAGCCCCAAAACGAAUGGAGAUGAUGAUGAAAAAAUGAAUGAGGAGCGGCUCACAGAUGAGCUUGUGAACUUGAAGGUACAGGAGGUCAGGGCACUGUGCAAACAGUGUGGUGUGGAUGAUAACGGGUCCAAGGUAGAUAUGGUCAUGAGACUGUCUGACAAAAUGUCUAAUAGAGUCACCUACAACAAGGUGUUUGAGAAAGUGUGGGGUGCUUCUGGUGGUUGGGCAGUUAUCACUUGCCCAUGUGGAGUUGUGUUUUCAGUAAAAUUCAACCUUAGAGCAGAGAGUCCACGUGACUUUGUGGAUCUCUUGCUGUCCUGGAAACACCUCCCCAAUGUGGCUGUAUAUGAUUAUGCCAGGGGUCUGGCACUGCAUGCCAACCGCAGGCAGCCAGGAAUAUUUGCCCCUUUUCAGGGAAGGUUACUGGAUCCCACCCCAGAGAACGUGAAGCAGGCCUCAGAGGGAAAGGUCCAUGUCAACUUGCCUUGGCUGAAAUUUUAAAAAAAGCCAGCUGACAAAGAUGGUCACCCUCUCACUGGAUCCUCACAGCAUUUUGCUUUGAACGAUUUGUUCCACCAGGGAAACAGCAAAGACCAGUGUGAGGUUCUAAGAAAGCUGGAGCUUGUGUCUGAAUUUGCUGGUCUUAUUAACAGCCAGUGUGCGGAGCAGCUGUUUUCAGGGAUGAGAAAAAACAAUUACUUUUUAAAUCAGACAACCCCAUCAACACACAUUUUUCUACAAAGAAACAUUCUCCACCAUUACAACAUGGCAAGGAACCAAAAAAAUCCUAAAUCAGUACAGCAAGAUUGUCCCUCCAGAUGUUUCAUUGCAGUUUGACAGCCAUGGAAGGGUAGUCUUAGCUCACUCCCCAUCAGCCGUGAUGUCAACUGGGUCAUCAGUGAAUGAACAAGAGGAGUCUCAAGAGUUAAAUGAUGACAGUGAGCAGAGACCUCAUGGAGACUUGCCUAGUCUCCACAAGUUUUCAGCAAACAGAGCAUACUGGGGACAGAAACUCCAAGACAGCCAGGAACAACUGCUGUCUCAUGUCUUGGAUGAGACCAAAAGUCACACUCAGCACCUUGCAAUGGUGAAUAACAUCAUCCUGACCCGCUUUGACUUUUGGACUCUGGGUUUGCAGCGGGACAUGGAGGGAACGAUUCUGAACUCUUGUCUCAAAAUGAUUGAGAAGCGGGUAGAGAACCUGUUUGCUGCAGACAGCUAUGUCAUUUCCUCUUGGUUCCCACCAUCAUCAAGGAACCCCAUGGAUCACCUUCCGGAUAAUGCAGCCAGUCUACAGUGGAUUAUUCUCCCAGUGUUCGUACCUGGACAUUGGACACUCUGUAUACUGAGGCCACAGGCUAGGGAGAUUUUCUUCCUAGAUUCCCUCUGGGGCAGCGGUUGGAGAGAUGAGAAUAGAACCAGUCUAUUCAGACACGUUGCUCACAGCCUCUCUUCUGGCCCCUGGAGAGAGCUUGGUGUGAAUGAUGUCCAGGGCCUAACCAAGCAAGGGUGCUCCAACAACUGUGGCGUGUUUGUUUUGAUGUACACUCUGUACAUGGUAAUGGGGGCCAAAUGUGAUUUCAGAGAGGAAAACAUGCUGCAAAUGAGGAGAUGGUGGUGUCUCGCUCUCCUGCAGAACUUCCCCAUGCCGUCUGAAGAAGACCGAUUGCAGGACAGAAAACGGCGACGAGUGCAAGGAGGGCUACAGACAGUGGAAAAUGAACAGAACUGGAAACAGGGAACAGGGUUGCUUGUUAUGGGCCAGAAAAAUACCAUUGUUAAACAUUUAUGGAAGCUUAAGGAAUGUAUUUGGCUAGGCUAAAACUUUUUUUUUUUUUCUUUACAGAUCAAACAUUUUUAGCCUGGGGUGAAAAAUAAAAUCAU